UCAAUUUCCACCCCCUCACCCUUUCUCUCUCUCUUCCUCCCUUUCUCUCUCCUCCUCACUCUCGUUCUCUCCCCCCCAUCGCUCGCCGCCGUCGUCGCCGGGUGGCAGGUGGAGGUGGGAAGAUGAUGAUGACGCGGGCCCCGAUGGGGCCGAUGGAGGGCGCGGUGGUGGACGAGGUGGUGCGGCGGCUGGUGGAGGGCGGCCGCGGCGGGCGGCAGGUGCAGCUCUCGGAGGCGGAGAUCCGGCAGCUAUGCGUCGAGGGAAAGCGGGUGCUUCUCUCCCAGCCCAACCUCCUCCGUAUCCACGCCCCCGUCAAGAUCUGCGGUGAUAUCCAUGGCCAGUUCGUUGACCUUCUGAGAUUGUUUGAUUUGGGCGGUUAUCCUCCAUCAUCAACUUACGUAUUUCUUGGAGACUAUGUCGAUAGAGGCAAACAGAGCUUGGAAACUAUAUGCUUGCUCCUGGCAUACAAAAUUAGGUACCCUGAAAAGAUUUUCCUGUUAAGGGGGAACCAUGAAGACGCAAAAAUCAACAGAGUAUAUGGAUUCUAUGAUGAAUGUAAGAGGAGGUUCAAUGUUCGACUGUGGAAGAUAUUCUCUGAUUGCUUCAACUGCCUGCCUAUUGCAGCACUCAUUGAUGACAAGAUACUGUGCAUGCAUGGUGGUCUCUCACCUGAAUUGAUUAGAUUGGACCAAAUAAAGGAUAUUGAGAGGCCUGCUGAGAUUCCUGAUUAUGGUCUCCUGUGUGAUUUGCUUUGGUCUGAUCCUAGCCCCGAUGGAGAAGGGUGGGGAGAGAGUGACAGAGGUGUUUCAUGUACGUUUGGUGCAGAUAAGCUUGUAGAGUUUUUGGAGAAGAACGAUCUCGAUCUUAUAUGCCGAGCUCAUCAGGUGGUUGAAGAUGGCUAUGAGUUCUUUGCACAACGGAGAUUAGUGACAAUCUUCUCAGCUCCAAAUUAUUGUGGAGAGUUCGAUAAUGCGGGUGCUCUAUUGAGCAUAGAUGAAAGCUUAAUGUGUUCAUUUCAGAUCCUGAAGCCAACUGAAACAGGUCCACCGCAUGCAAGAAAACAAAUUCCAAAUAAGCCAGCAAGAGGGUGAAACGUUCUAUCAGCAUCCAUUUCUUUGGAUAUUAUUAUCAUCAGUCAGCUCGAAGGGGGUGAUCUAUUGUUUGGAUAAUUGGAUCCACCAGGGCAUGGCAUUAUGUAACCUCGAGCAUUUGUAAACGUUCUGUCAGUCCCCUUGCUUAACAAUCCUUUCUUAGCGUCUUGAGUGGCAGCUUGGCGCCGAUAACUUGAGCAUUUGUAAAUGUUAUUUGGCUCCGCGCACGUUCUUCUGUACAGCAUUAGGUCGGGUUCUGCACCUUCUGGUCUGAUUGUUGUUCCUGCCGGCACAGGAUCUGAUUGGCAGCUUGAUUUCCAGUGGCUGUGACAAGUUUUGAUUUCUGUUAGUUAUGUGAUGUAUUUUUCUCCCUUA